AUGAAAAACAGUAUCGAGAAUUCUAAUCAAUUGACAGUUUGCUAAAGCAAUAGUCAAUUAUAAAAAGUAACGUUUGUAAACUUAGCUCAAAGCGUGCAGAUAAAUUCUCCUUUAUAAGCAAAUAUUCUUUCACAUUCGCUUCCCAUUACACCUAACAAUGGAGAUCAGGCAGAUCUUAUUUAAGAAAUAGGCUUGCCUAAGAUUCUAACAAGAAAGAUGACUAGAAACGAUUAUUUGACAACAGCCAAUGGACAUAAAACCAAGUAAGAGGUUUUCUGUAAUAACUGUCAAAGAAUUAAUAUGACUCGUCUAGAAACAGAAUACGGGCUGGGGGCUAUUUAAGUUACCUGCUUGCUAAUUUUUCUAUUUUGGCCACUUUGUUGGUUACCUUGUGUUUUAAAAUCAUGUUAAGACAUAAUCCAUUAUUGCCCAUUUUGUAAUUAAGUUGUAGGAAGAACUCGUUAUACAUUCUGUUGA